GCGAACUCUGGCCCGCACGACACACACUGAACCUCAGCAACCCAGACCCGAGUGCCGUGUGAAAUCGGCGCCCGGAGGCAUGAAGCCGACCAACGCGUCCAACACGGAUGCAAACCACGGUUUGCCACAGGCCCAGAAGCCUGUGGUGAGGGUUGACAAUCGCUGCGUCUCUUGCAGUGGGCAGGCUCCACUCGUGCUUGCUGCGUUCAAGAUGGCUUGCCUUCACUAUGCGCCUUCGCCGAUCGACUAUCGAGGCGCUGCCGUGGAGCGCUACGAACUUCUGGACCGCCGAGAGCAGCUCCUGCUCACGGCCAACAGAUCUUUGGUACAAGGGCCAAGUGUCUUCGAUGGCGGCACAGGCUGA